CCCCCCAAAAAAAAGUCGAACCAGAUCAGACACCAGACCCACGCAAAUCACUCCACCACGCUUUCCCCAUUCCCUCGCCGUGGCCGUCCGCCGCCGCACUUCCGCCGUCUCCGCGGGCGGCGCCGCCAUGCUCCGGCUCAGGUGCUGCCUCCUCACCCAGCUCCUCUGGCCUCCCAGCUCCGCAUCUCCCACCUCCCACCUCAGCCGCCUCAUAUCCGCCGCCGCGCCCGCCGUCUUCCCGAACCCUAGCUUCGCCGUGGAGGAGUACCUCGUCGCCACCUGCGGCCUCACCCCAGUGCAGGCCUUCAAGGCCUCCGCCAAGCUCUCCCACCUCAAGUCCCCUUCCAAGCCCGACGCCGUGCUCGCCUUCCUCGCCGACCUCGGCCUCUCCGGCGCCGACGUCGCCGCCCUCGUCGCCAAGGACCCGCAGUUCCUCUGCGCCAAAGUGGACAAGACCCUGGCCCCCGUCGUCCUCGGGCUCACCGGCCUCGGCCUAUCGCGUUCUCAGAUCGCGCGCCUCGUCUCGCUCAGUCGCGGCCACUUCCGCAGUAGAUCCAUAGUCUCCAACCUGCAUUACUGCCUGCGCCUCUUCGGCUCCUCCGAGGACCUCUUCCGGGUGCUCAAGUGUGGCGCUGGCCUUCUCUCGGCUGACAUCGAGCGGGUGGUCAAGCCCAAUGCUACGUUCCUUCGGGAGUGCGGGCUAAGUGAUUGCGACAUUGUCAAGCUGUGCAUCCUUCAGCCAUGGCUGCUCCACUCCAGCAUGGAGCGCAUCCGGGCAAUGGUGGCACACGCUGAAGGUAUUGGUGUGCCUCGUGGCUGUAAGAUGUUCAGACAUGCGUUGCAUGCUGUUGCACGCUUCAGCAAGGAGAAGAUAGCCACCAAAGUGGAGCACUUGAAGAAGACAUUUAUGUGGUCAGAUGCUGAGGUCGGCGUUGUUGUCUCCAAGUUUCCAUCUGUGCUGAUGAGGUCUAACCAGAUGCUGGAGAGCAAGUCAGAGUUCCUCAUCUCUGAGGUCGGGCUGGAACCAACAUACAUUGCUCAUCGUCCAGCAAUGCUUAGUUACAGCCUAGAGGGCCGACUCAGGCCCCGGCACUACGCCGUAAAGUUUCUCAAGGAAAACGGAUUGCUGGAUCGCGGCCGGGACUACUAUUCUGCAGUCAUGGUGAUGGAGAAAGCAUUUGUGGAGAAGUACAUAUGCCCUCACAAGGAAGUUGCACCAUACCUUGCUGAAGACUAUGAUGCCGCUUGCAGAGGGGAAGUGCCGACUAGAUUCAAAUUUACAUAAACCAAGAGCGGGCUAUGAGAAUUGGUAACUGUGUAUGACGCGACAGAGUUUACGCUCUGUGCAGUGAGCUAGUAAUUUCUGUUUCGGUGUUAUUUGCCUAAUUGGAUGUUUGUUGUCUGCUCUAGUAUGUCUGGUACAUGUCAAUUUAGUGUCGCUAAUUCCAUAUGAAACUGAUAAUUUCAUUAUGACUUCUUUGUAUGUCUAUCACACCAUUCCAGUAGAGAAGGAAGCAUCGCACUACGGUGAACAUGUCCAUCCUCGUAUCAUAUUGACACACGUAAUGGAACUAAGAGUGGGAGAUUAGGGCAUUUCUGCAAAUGGUUUCAAAUAUCAGCGAUAGAGUAUGUCGUUAUGUUCUCAACGACCAUUGCAGUUUUCAGUGCAAUCCUCAACUACCUUUCCAUGAAAAAUGAUCCCAUUUUGGUCAUUAUUAAUUGAAGUCUCAAAAUUUCCAUUUGGAUGGUGGAAACAAUUGUGGAGUUGUUGAUGGCCACAAUGUGUAGAUCACUGCCGAGGAUGCAGUUUUGAACUAGUGUGUUGUUUCCUUCCUCUUAGUUCUUCUAAGGUGAAAGUCUUUGUUUUCCUGCAGUUGCUCUGUUUAUAAGAUAUUUACUGUACAAGAAAGCAGGUCAUUGUUUACUACUAGUACUUUGUAUCAGCUUUUCUCUCUCUCUCUCUCUAUAUAUAUAUGUUUUUGGAUGGCCUACUGGCUGAUAGUUUUUCUAGGGACAUCUGAUCUCAAAUUUGAAUAAUGUUGUUCGCGUUCUGAAAAUACUUGGCAGUUUUACGGCUACUUCAUAAUUUUUAUCACCUUUUGAAAGCCUUAUAUUACUUAAGCUUUAUCAAGCACAAAAUGAUAGGCCAUGUUGUUUCCUUAACAAUAUUAAUUAUAAUGUUAAAUGUAUUAUAUAUCUGGAUGGCUGCUAGGACUGAAGUUUGAGCCAAUGGGUCCAUUUUAUGCCACACAAGUAAGAUCCAAUGGAUCCACACAUACAGUGUAAACAUGAACUCUUGGAGUUAUCAGGUUGUCGUUGCAGUUAAACUUUAGUUAGCUUUUUCUCUUUAUUUGUAUUUUGCUUCAAGGAUCACUGAUGGUAGUGCACUUAGUUACUUCCUCGUCCUCUUGUUGGUGGAAGUGUUGCAUCAAAGAAUGUAAACAGAGGGGCUCGAUGAGAUGACUACAUGGUAUGAAUCUUCCACCAGUGAAUACUGAAUACGAGAGAGGUGAUCCUUGCAAGUUGCUUAUCUCCUUGUUGAAGAUACUAUGUCAGCAAAAUGGGAAACUACCCGCACCUUCUGGGUCUGACUCAUCAGAAGAGGAUACAGACGGUCCAGAGAUGGCAGUAGCUAAGUAAGCUGUUUUCAUCUUGUGAGAGAAGUGGCGCUCAUAGUCAUAUGGGGGAUUUUGAAUUCCCUCUCAAAGGUCAGAUGCAGGUUCUUGUUAUACUCUGUCAUUGCCAUAUUUAGCCAAGUGCCCCCCACCCCUAGUAAGUACUACUUGUGGGUUUUACACUGUCUGAAAUGAAGAUAACGAUGUAUCUCAUGGUCAUGGGGUAGCAGCAGCAUGCUGGUUUAUCAUCUCGAUAAGCUCUUGGACCAAGCGGUCGACGGGUAUGUAUAUUUGUUCAGUGUGCUUACUCAAAAGUUUUCGAUUUA